AUCGGGUCACAGAUAUAUCGUGGUCGUCCUGCUGCGAGGAUCGUUUUGUUGGUCGCCACGCGUUGUAAUCGGUUCGUCCAUCGUAUUAGCUAAAGAAGAACAAUGUCGUUCGAGUUACAGCUGCAACCGCCGGGACCGGAAGCCCGCGCCCUGGCCGUAAAGGAGCUUCGAGAAACCGAGGAGGUCGUGAAAGAGGGACUCGCUGGCUUGAGGAAGUACCUCGAAGAGGACAAGACUCUCUACUUCAGAACAGACGACGACUUCCUUUUAAUUUUCCUACGGCCAUGCAAGUUCUACGCGAAAAGCGCCUACGAGCUGAUGAAGAGAGUCGCCGAUUUCAAAGAAAAGAACGUCGCUCUGUUGGACAAUCUGAUGCCCGAAGACGAGAAGAACGCUAUCCUCACUACCCACGUGGUGAACGUUCUGAAGAACCGAGAUCACAAGGGUAGAAGAGUGCUCUUGAUUAACCCUGGUAAAUCUUGGGAUCCGUCUAAAGUCAGCACCGACCAGAUGCUUCGAGUCCUCUACCUGAUCCACGAUCUCGCCAUUCUCGAACCAGAAACUCAGAUCUAUGGUGCAGUCGUGGUGAUGGACUUCGAUGGUCUGGCUAUGAAGCAGGUGAUGGGAUUCACGCCAUCUUUCAGUAUGAAGCUGUUGGGCUUCAUCCAAGAGUCGAUGCCACUUCGUCUCAAAGAGGUUCACAUCGUCAAGCAACCGUUCGUCUUCAACAUGGUGUGGCAGAUGUUCAAGCCCUUCGUGAAGGAGAAGUUGAAGAAACGUUUGUUCUUCCACGGCUCAAAGAUGGCUUCCCUUCAUGCACACAUUCCCCCUAGCCACUUGCCGAAGGACUAUGGCGGCACCCUGCCAGAAAUCGAUUAUAGCAGUGCAGAUUGGUAUCCUACUCUGGUCAAGCACGAAGAUAAAAUCAGAGAAUGGAACACGUACGGUUAUCGUAAGAAACAAUAGACUGAAGGAGGGCAGCCAAGCACUCGAACAAUGAUACAAUGUAUGAAA